UCCCAAUUUGAGAAACUGACUGCCACGUCUUCAGCAGCCUGUAUUAUUUACGAUAUUAUAGAAUUGAAAUACAGAUGUUAUAUCGCAAAAACUGAAAUUUUUAGUAGUAUUUUUAAUAUAACAUCACUGUAAUUCAUUAUAAUCUUCAAACAAUAUUUGUUGCUAUAUGACCUACUUUCUUGGAAGCAAAAUGUUGCAUCAGUUUGCUUUAGCCAGAUGAAAGGAUUCGUAAAUCUUUAAGUUUAUUGUUCUUUAUAUAGGAGUAUAGAACUCUUUAUUAAUUUUGUAUGUAUAAACAGCCCCAAGAUUGUAGAAAUGUGACAUUGAAAUGUUGACUGUGCUAGGAAUUUCUAUGAUAUCCUAUUAUGGUAGAUGUUUCGCAUAGGACCAUGAAAAGAUUUGGAUAAAGAAAGACAGUAGAGAUGGAACUCCAGUGUGCUGUCCAGAAAUAUGCAUGGGGUGUUAGAGGGACGUCGAGUAGUGUGGCACAGCUAGCCAAGGCUGCCAAACCUGAGCUCGAAGUAGCUGAGGAUCAGCCGUUUGCAGAGUUGUGGAUGGGAACGCACCCCAGUGGUCCAGCUGUUAUAAAGGGUACUGGUGAGACUUUGGGAGACUACAUAAGCAAGCAUCCUGAUGUCUUAGGAUCACCUGUUAUCCAGAAGUUUGGCAAAUCUCUUCCUUAUCUGUUCAAGGUGCUAAGUGUAAACCAAGCUCUAUCCAUCCAAGCUCACCCAAACAAGGGUCAUGCUGAGCAACUGCACAAGGACCGCCCUGAUGUGUACAAGGAUCCAAACCAUAAGCCAGAAAUGACCAUUGCACUCACACCAUUCCAAGCUCUGUGUGGCUUUAGACCUGCAGAACAGAUUGUAAAGCAUUUAAAAGAGAUUCAUGAGCUCAAGAAGGUGAUUGGAGAUGCAGCAGCUGAUGCAUUUAUUGAAAAUCCAACAGAGGAAAAUUUAAAAGCCUGUUUCUCAGCGAUGAUGAAUGCAUCUAAAGACACCAUUGCCUCUGCUCUUAGUGAAUUACUUCAGAGAUUCCCGGGAAUGGACUCAGGAAAAGGCAAAGAGCUUCUUAGGGAAUUGUUCCUCAGACUUCAUGAAAAAUAUCCUGGUGAUGUUGGCUGUUUCUCCAUAUACCUUCUGAAUUACCUGACCCUACAGCCUGGAGAGUCGAUGUUUCUUGGGCCUAAUAUCAUUCAUGCUUAUUUGCUGGGAGAUUGCAUUGAGUGUAUGGCGUGUUCAGACAAUGUUGUUCGAGCUGGACUGACCCCUAAAUACCAAGAUGUAGAAACAUUAGUGUCUAUGCUCGAAUAUGGAAUGGUUCCUGCUGAGUCCAGGAAGUUCCAAGGGUCAAAGGUCGACCAAUUUACGACCUUCUACAAUCCUCCAGUUCCAGAUUUUGCAGUUGAUAUGAUUGAGGUUCCAGCUGGUACAAAUGAAUUCACUCUGAGACAAGUGGAAAGUGCCAGUAUUCUCCUAGUAGUUGAGGGAGAAGCUGACAGUGUUGAGGUAUCGCCCCAACCUGUGGGAGACGUGCCGGUUGCAACAUCAGUGCAGCGAGGAUCUGUCUUAUUCCUGGCGGCUGGGCAGUCUUUAUCACUAAAAUUCAAAGCAGGAUCGCGCUUCCUGGCCUUCCGUGCUGUUUGUGUUUUAUAGAAGUGCUAUUACACAGUUGUGCUUAUAGCAUUACUCAAAAUUGGUAAGAUAUUAAUACAGAUGUGCAAUGUUGAAGCACAUCUGUGUGAUUAACUAGUUUAUAGUUGUAGAUCUCUUAAUGUGUUCUCAGUUGACUUUGAAUGUUGGUCAUGGUUUUGGACUUAUGCAAUGGAAUGGUAUAUUUUUUGGUGCACGGGUGAUAAAAUAAUAGUAUUAAGGUAACAGCAGAAGGC